AUGGAGGUGUACGUGAGACUGAACAAUGAUAUUGACCGGGACUACGCUUUCCAGGUUUCCCGGGAAGACACCGCACGGUCGAAGGUCAGCAAGCUGUUUGCUGAGCGGCCGGAACCUGGGUUGAAGAUUGUACUGGCGGAUGUGAUGGUGCUGCGUCCCACGCUGUUCCACAAGAAGCAGCCCGUCGGUUAUAGCAAGUCGAUGCAUCCUGGGUACUUGACGGAGGGAGGGUGUCUGAUUUUCGAUUACGAUGCUGGGGAGGCGAAGUACUUGGAGAAACUGGACGAGGACAAGCCCCUGUUUGACCAAUUGUGGCCUGGGCAACUGAUUGUUCCGGAAUGGGAGUACAGCCGCAAGAACAUAAUCAUGUUUGCGGCCAUUUUGUUGUUCUGGUUGUACACUGACUUGCCGGACUGCAUCUCCCCAACUCCCGGGAUCUGUUUGACGAACCAACUAUCCCGGCUGUUGCUCCCCGUGCUGGAGAACUAUCUGGACAAUCAGAAGAUGGCCAGUAAGCUGCGUGAGGAGAUUCAGGUCGGGUACUCCUCUGUUCCUGCCCAAUGGGGGUUUUUCACCCUCCACGUUUUGAAGCUGCUGCUCAUCGUCCUGUUCUUCAAAUUUGGGAUGGCGAAUCCGCUGACGUUCAACCCGGUGAAGAUGUGGCAACUUAGGAACAACGACCUGUCUCGUAAGUCCAACGACGUGAAGGCUACGUUGAAGUCGAUCGGGUGGAUUGGGUCGAAGAGGGCUAUUUUCGACGACUACCAGUCGAACUACUACAACUACAUCUUGAAGAAGUACGGUGGGAUUGUCCCCACGUUCAGAGCCGGUAUGAUCAAGAUUGCUGCCAACCCAGGUAUCCCGUUGCAAGCCGGGGAGGGGUUCCAAACCCCGCUGGACGAACGGUUCACGGGGUCCACCUUCAAAGAGAUGGAGGACAAGGGUAAAUUCAUACUCAGCGAGGAGUAUUUCAUCGAGCUCGAGAACAUCCUUAAGGAGAAACUCGACGAAGCCAACGGCGACAUCGGGUUGAUGAACGAAGAGAUCAAGAAGUUCAGAAGAUACGGACUUUACGAACCAAGCGACAAGAUCAGAAACAUGGUCAAGAAGAGAAGAGCCGUGUACGAAGAGCAACAGGCACUUAUCAAGGAGAAGGAAAAGGAAACGUUGGCCGCCAAGAAGGCCAAAUAG